AUGAGGAACUGUCUCCGUUGCGGAAGUUCCGAGCAUCAAAUCGCCACCUAUCCUGUUAAAAAUCUUGAAAAAAAUGAGGGUGUGCAGCCGGAGAAGUCAAACCCUAAGCAACAAACUGCUAGUAGGAGUAGACCGAAAACCUCUGCUAGGGUUUUUGCCUUGGACUAUCAGCGAGCUCCCGAAUUAUCUGAGGUAGUGGAAGGUACGAUCUCUGUAUUCCACCGCUUAGCUAAGCUUUUAAUUAACCCUGAGGCAACCCAUUCUUUUGUGAAUCCUGCCUUUAUGUGUGGUAUUGAUGUGAAUCCUGUUAAAUUGCCCUAUGAUUUAGAAGUUAGAAUACCUACUGGGGAUCAAAGCCUAGUUGCCAAUAUGGUCUAUAAAAAUUGUGAGAUUUGGGUAGGAGAACGGAAGUUGGUGGUAGACCUGAUAAAUCUAGACCUCAAGGGGUAUGACGUGAUUAUAGGCAUGAAUUGGUUGGCCUGUUAUAAUGCUCAAUUGAACUGUAAAACUAAAGUGGUAGAGUUCUCUAUACUCGGAAAGGCAACUCUAAGACUGGAUGUGAGAGGUAGAUUAGCCUCGUUUGCAUUUGUUUCGAAAAUUCGAGUUAGGAAAUUAUUAAGUAAAGGGGCGCAGAGUUACUAA